UGUGAAGGCCGAUGGUUCUUUCUCGUGCCCCGUUGCUCGACCUUUACCUCAGCAAUCGUCUUCAAUCACGCCCACUGUGGAAUCAGCUCCAGCAUCAAGAGAUGGCUCCCCCCUUCAUCGUCGACUCCCCCAGCAGGCCAAUAUAUUUUCGAACAACUUCCAUUAUCAAAAAUCGCAAGGUCACGCAGCAUUGCAAUUACAACCUUACUCGUGUUAACAAAUCUUAUCCAGAUGAUUAUCAAUUUUGCUGGUAUCGCUGGUGAUAGUCGACUAGAUCACUCCAUUGGAGUCAAGAAGACAUACGCGCCUUGGAUUGCAGCAAGCUAUCCAUUAACUCAGGGUACAUUUAUACUCAGCAGUGGUCGACUGGGAGAUGUCUAUGGACACCGAGAUCUUCUGUUUGCUGGCGGUGCAUGGCUCAGCUUGACCACACUAGCUAGUGCUUUUUGUAACCACUCCUUCUUCGCUUUAAUCACAACGCGAGCUCUCGGGGGCUUAGGGGGUGCCUCUAUCUUGCUAAACGCGGUAGCCAUGAUUUCAAGCACUAACCCUCCCGGCCAUUUACGGAAUCUCAGCCUAGGUUUUUUUGCUGCAUCUGAGCCUAUCGUUGGUUAUUUUGGAGCAUUGUUUCUUGGUGCAUUCAUGGAAACGAUAGAAUGGAAGUGGUUGUUUGUUUUUAUGUUAGUCAGGGUCCUAAUCUCAAAUUCGGAAACCUUGCUAUGCUCAUCACUUGCUUUACCUAGUGCCGGUACAGGUGUCAUCACAUUCUUGGCUAUCUGGGCCCUGAGCUCUUACGAGACUCCGGUUAAUUCGCAUGGUAAAAUUGAUAUUGUGGGCUCUGCUCUAGGCGUCAGCUCGCUGAUUUUUUUUUUAAUUUUGUCUGGAAGUAAGAGUGGCUGCAUCUCCCAACUUUUCUGUUAUUAUGUGAAUCAAGCUCACUGCAAUAAAUUCAGCCAAUUCCCCAGUGUCGGAUGGCAAACGCCUUAUGGAUAUUGCCCUCCUACUUCCAUCCACCAUUCUCUUCGGUGUAUUCCUCAUCUGGAAAAGCGAUACACUGCCUACCCAAUCAUGCCACUCGAUAUCUUCAAAGCACUAUGCCUCCUCAUAGUUAUCCUGGUUAUUUUUCUCAACUACAUGGCAGUCGGAACUCUGAUCUGGUACCAAGUCCUGUGA